UUUUUUUCUUUUUCUCUCCCUGAGUGCCACUUCAUUCGUUUUUUUCUUCUUGCGUGGUCCUCUCCGAAAACUCCGUCACACGUCGAUUGACCCUUACCGUAUCCCCCCCCAUAUACCCAUCCGCGCUUCCCCUUCCAUGGCCGUCGCCUCUAACCCUCCCCCCCGGACCUCUGAACACUGAACCUCCGCCGAUAGAGCUUCCAGCCAACGUGAGGACAGCCGCCAGACGACAUCACGAACCCGCGCUACUCGGAUCUUCAGGAGAGCGAUACACCACACACCAGCAUCGAAAUCCGCCUCUCCGACACCCCACUCGCCGACGCAAUUGCCUGACGAAAUCGCGUGUCUCGGUUCGUAAUUUGGAGGUCUUCCCGCCACGCAAGAGGCGAGAGCAAGCUCGUCUAGACUCCUAGGUCACGGCAGGGAAAGCGCGACGGGGUUUAAAAAUUCGCGACGGCUGCGAAACGCGGGAGGACGACAAGCUGCCGCACGCAACGUUUGCUGUGAGCUAGAUAUUUGUUGCAAACUUUCCAUCCUGCAGCUCUAGCUCGAGUGGUCGCCUCGAAAUCGCCAAUCCCUGAUUCGGAGCUGGUCCUCAAGGUGUCGACGUCGUGUGGGCCCAACCUGAAGACCCGGCGCGCGCGUGGUCAAAGCUCCCUGACCCUCGAACCGGCAAAGGCAUCUUCGCGAGACGAUCGCAGCUUCCACAAACGAGCAAGCAAAUCUGCUGCUGCCUGCUGCGCAUUUUUUGUGUAGCUUUUCCGUCACCUGACCGCCAGUGCUGGCCUCGUAGUCUUUGAGUUUUCGGAUGCGCAGCUCUCGCUGAAUUGCCGACCAUACGCUCCCACCCACAGCAACAAGCAAAAAAGUAAAGUGCGACGACUUCCCCUCAGUUUGCCGCUCUCCACAGUGGAGGCGAACUGCUGGUCAAAGCGUGCAUCGGCGCCUUGAUCGCCGAGUGUCCCUCUGCCGGCUGAGCUGAUACUGAGGCUCGUCCCUCCCGCAGUUGCUCCCGGACGGUCAGGUUCUGCACUAUGUCGGACCCAAGGCCCGCCGUGUCUCCCGCCGUCUCAGUGUCUGGCGUGGGCUCGGCCCCGCUGCAGAGCCAUAUGUCCCUUGAGGCCGUUAAGCAAGAAACUCAUGGGCUGCAGCCUCUGCAACAGCACUACCACCACCAACUCGCCCCGCUACCUAUGGAUCGUGCCGACUCCCCCCAUGGCUCAGAACACUCUCGCUACUCAGUACCGCCUCUGAACGGAAUGGACCAGCCCCGCCCGUACGGCUCGCCCGCCGCGAUGCAUGCUCCAUUACACAUGUCCGACAUGAACAGGCCGCCCACCAGUCUUCCCAUGAGCUCUCUACCACUGCCGUCGAUCCAGCCCGUUCUCGCCCCCGCCCCUCCAGCAGCAGGAGCUAUGUACGGAACCCAGGAAGCACCGCAGCCUCCACCCAAGGCCUACCCCUGCAGCACUUGCGGUAAAGGUUUUGCUCGGCGGAGCGACCUGGCACGGCACGAGCGCAUCCACAGCGGGGUUCGUCCUCACAUCUGUGAUUUCCCAGGCUGCAACAAGAAGUUCAUCCAGCGAUCUGCCUUGACGGUGCACCAGCGCGUCCAUACCGGGGAGAAGCCCCACCAGUGCGAGCGAUGCGGCAAGCCCUUUAGUGAUUCGAGCUCCUUGGCAAGGCACCGUCGAAUCCACUCGGGCAAGCGGCCGUACAAGUGCCCUUACGCCGACUGCCAGAAGACCUUCACGCGCCGUACCACGCUUACGAGGCAUCAAAACCACCAUACGGGAACGAUCGAGGAAGCCGCAGCUGCGACACGCGAGGCACUGGCCAGGGGCCCGACGGGAACGGCGAGGAUGACGCCCACCCAUGUGACCCGCUCCGAGGGAGACGCUGGGUCAGGCUCUAACCACGCGUCGCCCAUGUCGACUCCUUCGCCCGCCCACCGGACCAACUCGAUGUCGCCGUCGAACGAGCUGGCAGGCAUCGGCAGCAUCCAGUCGCAAUACGUUAACAACUCCCUGCCCAGCCAUCUGCGCGGCGAUGUGCAUGCGGGCAGCCCCACAUCGACGACCUCGUCGGGAUACACCAACAACCGCCCGACAUCGCACCCUACUGGAUACGGACCGCCGCAGGUCCUUGAGCCCAACAUCGAGACUCGCCCAGGGCCCGGCAGCGCGAGCGGCAGCCCGCACCUGGGGAGCGUUGGCUGGCAGUCCCCUUCGCACGCGCCGUCGCCUUCGCACAGCACCAGCGGAUUUGUGUAUCCGGACCCGGAGGCAUACCCAUCCAGCGCUGGAAUGGGUCCGCUCUUUUAUAGCAGUGCGAUUGCCGGCGUCAGGUCUGGAAGCGCCGAGCCUGGGCAGAAUAACGACUACCCUAAGAGCCGGUCCGCCGAACUCUGGGCGUCUGCUCAGUGACAUGUCGCUGCAUUUUCUUUUGGCACAUCCUUUUUUUGUCGCCCCUCCCGUCUUUUUUCUCCGCUUUCUCUCCCAUCAUACCCCGGGCUUGCUGUCCCUUUUUCCCCCUCAGUUUCAAGGAUUCUGUCUCUUGGUUGGGGGAGCGCUGAUGCGGCAACUCCAAACAAAAGCCAAGAAGGAAUUUGUGAUCACUAAUACGAAAUGUCGCUAUUUUCCUCGCACUUUGUUCCGUUUACUUGGUUUCGCCACCGGAACCUUCCCCCUCCACCGUACGAAAAAAAAAUCACAUCUCUUUUGUCAUUUGGGCUUUAGAAGGAUCAUGGUCAUGGGAGUUUCCUAAGAGUGGAUCACAAAAGGAUGGUGUUCAACUUACAAUGUAAUCGAAUAGCAUGAGUUACGGCUGCGGUGCUCUGGGGCCUCGCCCUUUUCUAAUCCCCCAAGCCCGCGCUUUUCUAUUCUCUGUUUUCUUUUGUUUCCUUUAGUUCCCUUUUUGGUUUGCGUUUUGCCCGGGUUUCGACAGGGAAUGCACAGGGAAGGGACGGUACGUAGACUAUAGCAGCAAAGCUAGCCCAGGCACAUUUUUGAGAAUCAUAAUAGCAGGUUCUUGAUUUCUCAUCAGA